UAAUGCAGAUAAGAAAAUGUCACGCAGCCCACGCUGCGUCUGCUAAUGCACCUUUUCUCCUCAGCCUGUUAAAUCGCUCUGAUGCUGGUAAAUAUUUCACUGAGUGCCGCGAGGCUUCAUAAUUACACAGGCUCAGGAGAAGUCUUUCUGAUUAUGGAGUGGCUUCUCAAACUUGAGCCUCCGCUGCGUCUUCGUUCCUGAGCAGCGACUACCUGGGUGGCCGGUUCAUCUGAACGCCCGGCUUUGCGAUUUCAUUACGCACCUCCGACGCGCACGCGGCUGCACGCGAGUCCCACGUGGCUAACUCGGAUGACGUAAAAAGUCUGAUUGGUGAAGAGAAGCGAUCAGGUCGUUGCGCACAGUGGAGAGCUCUGAACUUGGUCAGGGAGCUGUGCGCGCCCCUCGCAGCAGUGCGUCCCGCUUUACGCACGGUUACGCGCACGCUCACUGGAGUCGGCGCUUCUUGUCUGCCGCUCCUCCUGGAGAGAAUCGCACAUGAGUGCGCCCUGACGGACGCCAGGAGACCUUCACCGACGGACCACCGUCAGAGAGGCUGAGGGGAGCUGUUGAUCUCCGGGUGUUUCCUCCACAGCUCCACUCCACACCCCGCGCUUCUGGAUUACUGGAGAGGAGCGGUCAGCCUCGGCGCAGAUAACUCCAGAAAACCAUGCAAUUGUGGAUAAAGUUGGUGUUGUUGUGCAGCUGCUGCUUUGGAGCAAGUGCUGACUUCGAUGGCAGGUGGCCGCGGCAGAUGGCGUCGUCCAACGGCCUGUGUCGAUACGGAGCCAGGGUGGACUGCUGCUGGGGGUGGACGCGCCGCUCGUGGGGUCACUGCCAGCCUCUCUUCGCCUUUACUCACAGAGUAGUCGGGAUAAGGUGCCAGCCCCAAGCGGUGUGCCAGCCUGCCUGCAAACAUGGAGACUGCGUGGGACCAAACAAGUGCAAGUGCCACCCCGGCUUCACCGGCAAGACCUGCAAUCAAGAAGAAGCGUUGGACCAUUUAACUCAACCAGUAUGGAGCGGUCACCUUCCUCUCUUUCUUCCUGUGGACCAUCAUCCGGUGGUGACAGAGGACCUGAAUGAGUGUGGGCUGAAGCCGAGGCCCUGCAAACACCGCUGCAUGAACACAUUCGGGAGCUACAAAUGCUACUGCCUGAAUGGCUACAUGCUGAUGCCUGAUGGGACCUGUGGAAACGCUCGCACUUGUGGCAUGGCCAACUGUCAGUAUGGCUGUGAGGUGCUGAAAGGGGAGGUUCGAUGUCAGUGUCCGUCACCAGGGCUACAGCUGGCUCCGGAUGGAAGGACCUGCGUGGAUGUGGAUGAGUGUGCAGCAGGGAUUGCGGUGUGCCCCCGGUUCAGGAAAUGCAUCAACACUUUUGGCAGCUACAUCUGCAAGUGUCACGAAGGCUUCGACCUGCAAUACGUCAAUGGAAAAUACCAGUGCUUCGAUGUGGACGAGUGCGCUUCGGGUCAGAGCCACUGCGGCAGCUUCGCCACCUGCUACAACACGCCGGGCUCGUACAAGUGCAAGUGCAAAGAGGGCUACCGGGGCACGGGACAUGACUGUAAACCCAUUCCAAAGGUAGUGAUUGACCCCGCAAAUCCUGGAAAAGUACCUCCAAAUCAUCACAACCUCAUCCCAGGUUUUGAUCACCCAAGGACCCCCACCACCACCCGUCCACCCGUGACUCGGAAAAAGGUCUACCCCGUUCGCCCUAAGUCGCCCACCAAAGCUCCUCUGCCUCCCGGUAGGGUCACGCCAUCUCCACGCAAGCCUGCAGUUCCCACCCGAAAGCCCUUCGUGCCCACCAGACGGCCGUCGAUAGCCACACGCAAACCCCUCAUCCCACUAAAGCCGGUCACUCCCACAAAGCAACCGCUGACCCCGCCUCCAGUCACGCCGGUGGACAACACCAUCCAGAAGGAGGUCACCAAAAAGCGAGGGGAUGUGCAAAUCCCUCGGAACCACGACCAGAACACGGUCCUCGGCUCCGACUUUGACAUCGAACUGGGCAACACGGCAGAUGAAGUCAAGGAUGAUCCAGAGUCGGGGUAUCUGAGCUGCUCCUUUGAUGAUGGUCUUUGUGGUUGGAUCAGGGACAAAGAUGGAGACCUUCACUGGGAGACGACGCCUGAUCCAACAGGUGGACGUUACCUUACCAUUCCUGAAGUGGGAAACAAGAGGACGGGACGAGGAGCCCGACUGGUUCUCCCACUCACCCCGCCCUGGAAUGACGGCAAUUUGUGCCUGUCAUUCCGGCACAAGCUGGCGGGUCACCAUGUGGGAAUGCUUCAAGUGUUUGUGAAGAAAGGAAAGCAGUACAGUCCUGCAGUGUGGGGCCGAACAGGCGGAAACGGCUGGAGGCACACCCAAAUCACACUGUGGGGUACAGGCCUGGAAAGUGUGAUCCUAAAGGGAGAGCGCGGGCGAGGCAGAAGCGGAGAGAUGGCGGUUGAUGACAUCACCUUAAGGAAAGGCACUUGCACAGAGGAACACAACCUCAGGAGACUCUGAUUUACCGAGAAGGGCAGCAAAAAAAAAAAAAAUGUAAGAGGGACACUCAGCUUAAAGGAGAACUGACUCCGUUGUGACUCCCCCACCCUCUCUCUGCCCGGCCCUCACUUGCCCCUCCAUCAUCAGUCCGACUCUGAAUGGUAUCUGAGAGCUUGUUAAUCAGCAGAAAACUCUCUUAUUUGGCUGUAUAUGAAAAAAAAAGUAUUGAAUUGGUUCUCAUGGACAGAUCCUGACGGCACCAUCUCCAAACUUUGUUCUGGUAAAUAUCUGGGAACCUGACCCCGAACAGCCCUACUGUAAAGAGGAUCCACGUCAUGUGUUUGGAGAACUGCUCUGCAAACCUUAAAGUUUUUUUUUACAAGUCUAUUCUUUGAAUUUACAGAAUAUAAACCCAUCUCUUUUGUGCUGUGAUGAGGCAAAAGUAGGUCAUAUGGUUACUCUAAUGACAGGAGGUUUAACAUUUGUGUAAAAACAGCUUUGGCAAUGUUUCUUUUAAUUUAAAAACGCAUUUCAGAAAGUAUCACUUUUCAAAUGGCCUUUUUUUUCUUUUUUACAUUUUAAUGAAACAUUUGACUACUCACUGAAAUUGUAUUCAUUCAUUUAUUUGACAGAUAUUGCACGUUUAAAAGCAUUGCUGCCAAUGCAACAGUUAGCUCGAAAGCUAGUUUUCAUCUGCUGUCCCUGGACUGAUGGUAAAAUUUUCUCCCUAUAAAAACAUACGAUUAAAAACCAAAUCUAACACA